AAUAAAUUUAAUAAGCGAAGAUUCUUAUUCAGUUGUUUAUCUAUUGUUAUCAGGAGCUAUCUAAAGGAAUAUAAAACAAAAAAGAAGGCUCCGUAAUGUCAUCCCUCCCAAUCCAUCAUUUAUAUUAUAUUUCUUCUAGUAAAAGACGUGUUUAGUUGUAUCUUGCACAACCCGCGUGAGUAUAGAUACACAGUUAAGAAAUAUUUAGUGAUAAGAAUACGACCGUUUUAUUAAAGACUUUAACAGUCAGUGGGAACUCACGCGAGCUUAGAUCCGGGUCUACCGAAAUUGUUUGUUGAUAACAAUAUAUACUUAUUUGUUUACUUGUGUACACAUAGAAAAAAAAAUGGCUUCCAUUCUCGGAACAUUUUCCGUUCUCAAGAAUCAUCUCAAGUUGAAAUACACCGAGGACAACGCAGUGAUCGACAAUAUUGUUUUUAGGCUUCACUAUCGUGCUACUUUUUUGAUACUUGUCAGUGGUUCCUUACUUGUAUCUGCAAGGCAAUUUUUUGGCGAACAUAUUAAAUGUAUUAUUGACAAAGGAUCGCUACCGAGCUAUGUGGUGGAUACGUUUUGUUUUUUCAAGUCGACGUACACUGUUUCUAAACACAUGAAUAAGACACUAGUCGAACUGGGACACAUACCUCACCCAGGUGUUGGACCAUUCACCAAAGACGAUGAAAUCACGCAUUACGUUUAUUAUCAGUGGGUUCCGUUUGUGCUGUUUUUCCAAGCGCUGCUUUUUUAUAUUCCGCGUUAUCUUUGGAGAAACGCAGAAGGUGGUCGAAUGAAGGCACUGGUCUCAGGCCUCCAUCUAGCGACUUUAGCCCUCCACGAGGAGAAAACAGAGCUAGAGAGCGGAAAAACAAUACCCUCAAAACGGGACCGGGACGAGAAAAUCCAGCAAAUAAGAAACGCAUUUUUGAACCGGCUGCACAUAAACCGCCCCUGGGCGUACUACAUGAGUUUUUGCGAGUUAAUAAAUUUCACGAACGUACUCGCGCAAAUUUACAUAACGGAUGCAUUUCUGGGUGGCGCAUUCCUGGAUCUAGGUCUCACGACGACACAAUUCGAGCACUCGCCGGGUGAUAAAAUGACACCGCUCGAUAUUGUAUUUCCCAAGGUAACAAAGUGUACAUUUCACAAAUACGGUCCCUCCGGAACGAUCCAGCACCACGACGCACUCUGCGUUAUGGCACUCAACAUCAUUAAUGAAAAAAUCUACAUUUUUCUAUGGUUUUGGUUCAUCAUAUUAGCUAUCGUCACGGGCCUUGGCCUCGUCUGGCGGAUGCUAACCAUGUUAUUACACUCAAGAAGCAUUGCGUUCAAUCGCUACAUAUUUUCCAUAGCCUGUCCCGGAAAAUACAACCCCUGGAAUGUUCUGAAACUGACCCACGAUUACUACUACGGCGACUGGCUCUUCCUCUACUACCUUGCCAAAAAUUUGGACAACUAUGUCUUCAAAGAACUUCUAGAAAAGCUGGCUUACGAUUUGGAGGAAAGAAAAGCUGAACGGUUAAGACAGUUGAAGAGUUUGUCGCCUGAACAUGAACCUCUUAAACAGGCUUGAAUAAAUACAUAAGUUGAUAUGGUCAAAAUUAUUUUUGCACACCUUGAACGCGAUGCGUUGGUGUGCUUUUUUGGCAUUUUGUUUAAAUCUAGUCUUUUGCAUUUAUUUUUUUAACUAUACAGAAUAAUGAGAUGUUGUAAUUACGCAGAAAGUCUAGCUUAAAUAUUAUAGAUAUGAAAAAAUCAC